AUGUGGUUUUCUCAUACAUCCUACAGGCAAGACCUCGCGAACAUUGUUAGAAGAAGAGGUUAUAAACUUCUCAGGGAGCUUCUCUCAACCUCCAAGCUACCAAACUAUGAUGAGUGCAGUGAAGAGGAUGGCCUUGUUGAAAAAAUUGGAGAUGAAUCGUCAGGUCAGGAUGGAAAGAUGAUAGACGUGGCUCAUGAUGUUUCCUUACCAAGUGAAGCUUCUGCAGUAGCUGACUACACGAAUGAUGCAAACAAUGACAGUAUGCUGAAGUCUGAUGAGCAAAAUUCUAGUGUUCAAGAACCUUCACGCUAUUCCUCCUUGGAAGAAAAGGUGGCCAAUUUUAUUCAGAAUGGAGAACUGGAUAGUGUAGAGGAUAUUGGCUUCGAAAUUUUCAAUGAAAGAGGUUCCGAGCAAGUGGAGGGAUCUGUUGUAGGACAGAAUGUUGUAAAAACAGAAUCUACUACUCCUAACGGUAAUGGCGCUGAGACAUUUAAUGGAAAUUCCAUGCCACGAUCAACCCAACAUGUUGAACAUCCUAGUGGGCAGAGUUUCCGAAUAAGGAAUAAUAGCCUUUCAACUGAAGAGUUAACCAUGGCUGAAGGGAGAAAUAGUGCUGAUGUUGAGCCCCAAAAAGUGGAGAAUCAAGCUGAAAUUAAUCGUCUCAAGUUCAUGCUGCAUCAGAAGGAGCUGGAGUUAACUCAAUUGAAGCAGCAGAUUGAAGAGGAAAAGCGCUUACUGUCUAUUUUGCAAAUCAAAGCCGAAAGAGAAAUCAGCGAAGCACAAAAACUAAUUUCGGAAAAAGAUGCAGAGCUAGAUGCCACUGAAGAUAGCCUUUCAGGACUGAAGGAGGUUGAACUUCAAUAUUUGGUGGAUGGGGAAAGUGUUGAGGUGGCUGGCAGCUUCAACGGGUGGCAUCAUAAAAUAAAAAUGGAUCUAGAAGCAUCAUCCACUAUCAUCGAUCCCAUUGACCAAGAAGCAUCAUCAGAUAUCGUAGAUCCCAUUGGCACGAGGAAACCUCGGCUUUGGAAAACCGUGUUAUGGCUGUAUCCAGGGAUAUAUGAGAUAAAAUUCGUUGUUGAUGGCCACUGGACAACUGAUCCCCAAAUGGAGUCUGUUACAAGAGGUGCAAUACACAAUAAUGUACUACGAGUUGAUAGAUGAGUUGGGCUAUUGCAUUCCACAUGCACAUACAGAGACUAUGCACAUCAGUAGGAAGGAUCUAGUCUGAAGUCCAUUCUUGAAGAUCAUGCUGUCCAAUUGCGUUUAUGUUGUUGCAAUCAAUGAGCUGAUCCAUGCAACUUGAAGGUCACGUGCUUCUUCUACUUGUAAUCGCCUCAUCUCAUUUGAAGACCGGGGAAGUGGACUACUUGCACAACAUAACAGCUGCUGUUGAAAAUGUCUAGUUUUAGCCUGUAGAGUUCUAAUAAAGCAAUGUUGUUUUGUAUUUUCUAUUUCCUGAUCAUUAGAAGCAAUCUGUCGAGGGAAAAUCACUUGAGCUUUUUUGCCUUUGCUCCUUCUUUCUGGAGCAGGUUUGAAUACAGAAAGAGAUUCGCAUAUAUAGUUGAGCCAGGGCAGCAAAAUAUAGCCCAGUAGGAUGAUUUUUUAUAUAGUUGCCUGCGGAUGGAACUGUAUAGGACAUUUACCUACAAAUUAUUACCAUUGAUUGUACAGUAGUGAAAUCUUUGCA